AUGUCCUCCCUUCCAACUCUCGACAAGCUCGGUGUUAAGCUUCCCGAAACUUUAGACGUGGAGCGCAUUGCUUCGGAGUGGUUCCAUGACUUCGCGAGCCGAGUUACGGCGGGCAAUGCUUGGUCUGUCUCCGAAAUGUUAUUCGACGGUGCUUUAUGGCGAGAUAUGCUGGCACUGACUUGGGAGUUUCGUACUUUUGAGGGAACGACGAAAAUAAAACAGGCGCUCCAUGAUCUGCUUCCGAUUGUAGGACUGUCUAAAUUGCAACUCAAGGAGGAUUCCGUUCAGUUGCAACAACCAUUUCCCGACCUUGCAUGGAUUCAAGGCGUGUUCACUUUUGAGACGGUAGUUGGUAUUGGAUUCGGAGUGUUUCGCAUCGUUCCCACGGCCUCGCAGGAAUGGAAGGGCUAUACCUUAUAUACGAAUCUCGAAGAGUUGAAGGGCUUCCCCGAACGAACGGGCCUUAACCGGGAUUCCGCUCCAAAUCAUGGCAUGUGGCCACAGAAACGGAAAUCAGAGACAGAGUUCAAGGAUGGAGAACCAGCUGUUGUGAUAAUUGGUGGUGGACACAGUGGUCUCGAAAUCGCCGCGCGUCUCAAACUUCUGGGUGUUUCCGUUCUUAUAUUAGAAAAGAACGCUAGAGUUGGGGACCAAUGGAGAGGACGAUAUGAUUCACUGUGCCUCCAUGAUCCCGUCUGGUAUGAUCAUAUGCCGUACAUUCCGUUCCCCUCAUCAUGGCCAGUGUGGACUCCGGCACCGAAGCUGGCAGACUGGCUGGAAUCCUAUGCUCAGUCCAUGGAGCUUGAUAUUUGGGUAGGUACUGAGGCAAAGAAGGUAGAACAACUUCGAAAUGGUCAAGGCUGGGUUGUAACCACCGAGUCUUCGGACGGGUCUUCACGGAUGCUGAGGCCUCGCCAUGUCGUUAUCGCCACCGGAUUUGGAGGUGGAGAAAUAAACAUGCCAACCUUUUCAGGAAUGGAAGAGUUUGAAGGCAAGAUCGUCCAUGCGAUGCGAUUCAAGACAGCGAAAGAUCACGUAGGCAAGAAGGUCGUCAUUAUUGGAUCAUGCACGUCUGCACAUGACGUAGCCUUUGAUCAUUGUCAACACGGUAUCGAUGUUACGAUGUAUCAAAGGAGUUCAACCUAUAUCAUGUCCACGGAAAAAGGCGUACCAAUCCUGUUCGCGGUAGGCAUGUAUUGUGAAGGAGGCCCUCCUACUGACUUAGUUGACCGUAUGGGAGCAUCCGUUCCGUGGAAGAUGUUGAUUCCCAUCCAGCAACGAUUGACGAAAAUAAUAGCUGAGCAGGACGCUGGCAUUCUCAAGGGCCUGGAGCAGCGCGGUUUCAAACUGACCUUCGGUCCCAAUGGAGCUGGUAUAGUGGAACUAGCAUACACACGAGCCGGUGGAUACUACUUGGACGUCGGAGCUAGCCAGCUCAUUAUUGAUGGAAAGAUUAAGCUUAAGAAUGACAGCGCGAUUUCCCGCUUCUCGAGGUCCGGGAUCGUCUUCGAAGAUGGCAGCGAGCUACCGGCCGACGUUGUCAUUUUUGCAACAGGUCUUGGAAAUACCAAAACGGGCAUUGCAAAACUAGUGGGAGAGGAAGUUGUAUCUCGACUGAGUGACAUGCCUGUCAUUAACGACGAAGGCGAGAUGGCGGGGCUUUGGAGACAUAGUGGAGUUCAGGGCUUAUACCUCAUGAUAGGGAACUUAUCAUUGUCUCGGUUCCAUUCCAAGCAUCUGGCACUUUUGAUAAAAGCCCAGGAAGAAGGUAUCGCUGGAGAAAGGUACACGAAAUAA